AUGCCGCCCUCCAACGACCUCUCCGACGACUUCGUCGCAGACCUCCUCUCCAAGGAAGCUGCAGAGUGCGCCCUCAAGUACUCCGCCGUAGGCAUGGACGCAUACACCGGCUCCGCCAAACGCCCGGCGCAUCACCCGAAACCAAACACCCGCUUCCUGAACAACAUCGUCAAGGCAACCGACUCGCACAACCGCAAUCUUCUCGCCCAGGAGCGCGCCGACUCCCAAGCGCGCCUGAACGACUUGGAGCGCGCCAAGCAGCAGGAGCGACGGGCAUCAGAGGAGCGCGACCGCCGGCGCAGACCCGCCCCGGGCGACGUGCGCAAGCGCAUGCUGGGCGACAUUACCGCUAUCAUCGGUGGCUCGUCUAAGAAGCGCAAGACCGAUGACCGCGACGCUCCCCGGGACGUCGAUUCCGAGUCCAGACGGUCUAAGAAGCCGCGGGAUGACUCAGAUAUCAAGAUUAGGGGUAGAGCACAUGAGGCAGGCGACCGCGACGGCUCGUCGGUGAAGGACAGGAACUCCAGGAAGGAGCUUUUUGCCGAUCACGGUCCAAGGCGUGGGCUUGAUCGCGAAGAUCGCCAUCGCAGCAAGAGGGCGAGUUCGAGGGAAGACAGGCAUCGAGGCGACCGAGGUGACCGAGGUGACCGAUCCGACAACCGGAGAAGGGACAAACACGGUCCAAGCAGCAGUAGACAUCGCCACGAGAGCUCUCGCGUCGACCGGGAGCCGCAGAGGACUCGAGAUCGAAGACAGGAGACUCGAGGCGAGGAACCCACUCCGCGCGAUGUCUCCGAGUCAGAUUCAGAUCCCCUUGACGAUAUUAUAGGACCAAAGCCGCCGUCCCCUAUCCGCAGGCGGGGUCGCGGGGCAGUUUCUGGCUCCUCAGGCAUGGACAGUCGCUUUGCGUCGGGCUACGACCCCAAGGUUGACGUGUCUUUGGGGCAUGACGACGACGACGAUUGGGGCACCGCUCUAGAGGCCCUGAAAGAUCGACAGCGUUGGAAGGAACAGGGCGCCGAUAGACUCCGCGCCGCCGGAUUCACCGAAGACCAGGUCAAGAAGUGGGAGAAGGGGGACAAGAAGGACGAAGACGACGUGCGGUGGACGAAGAAGGGAGAGCAGAGAGAGUGGGAUCGUGGCAAGACACUCCUGCAGGAGAGCGACGGGUCAUUGGUCUAG